GUGGAUGGAGAAACGUGCGCUGUGAAACCGGCGGACACUGAGACCACGCGGAAGGCUCUUUUCAGCCGGCUGUCGCUCACACUGAGCCGUUGGUGCACUUCGUUCACAGCGGAGAGACAACGGCUGAAUGAGAGGUUGACGUUUAGUUAAAUGUAGCCGAGUGACUCCGAAACAUCAGUAAACUACUUAGUUUAACCUUUUUCCUUUACGUUAUGUGGUUAUAAUAAUGUGAGGAUGGCCAAGCGACCGGGGACUGACGACGGGAUGUUGACUUCGCCGACCGUUCUCCGGGAUUUCGUCGCGGAUUUGAACACCGAGGAGGUGAACAUGGACUGCGGCGACGGAGCCGAGGAGGUCUCCUUGGAAGAGAUCCUGACGCUGUACAACCAGCCGAUAAACGAGGAACAAGCGUGGGCAGUGUGUUACCAGUGUUGUAGGACUUUAGCGCAGAAACAUCGGAGGAAAAGCUCCAAAUCCUCCGGUGCUUCAGCUGUUGACUAUCCGAGAAGGAUUGAAGGACCCGGGGAUGUGAGGAUCGGGAGAGACGGGACUGUCAAACUGCACUUUGAAGGCAGCACAGAUAAAUACAGAUCGGCCCCCACGUCAUUAGAGGUUAUUGACUCACUGGGUGUCAUGAUCUACAAAGCUCUGGACUAUGGACUCAAAGAGAAUGAGGAGCGCGAACUCAGCCCGCCGCUGGAGCACCUGAUCGACAUAAUGACCAACACCCAAGAAACCGAGAGUGACCUCUGUCCUGACGAGGGCUACGAAGCCACAGAAGAAGAGGAUGAGUGCGGGGAAGAGGAGGAAGGGGAGGAGGGGGAGUCCGUCUCUGCUUCAAGCAGCAGCGUUCGCAGCUAUCGAGACAUCAUCACGCUGUGUUCCUCACACCUUCCCAGCCCAUCAGACGCCCCCAACCAUUACCAGGCUGUGUGUCGCGCUCUCUAUGCUGAGACUAGGGAACUGCAUACCUUCCUGGAGAAGAUCAAGAGUGCCAAGGAGAACCUUCGGAAAAUGGAAGGUGAGACUCGGGAGGAACCUGUUAGAGAUCUCGAUGAGCUGCAGAAUGCAGAUUGGGCACGGUUCUGGGUACAGGUGAUGCGAGAUCUACGGGACGGUGUAAAGUUGAAGAAGGUUCAGGAGCGUCAGUACAACCCAUUACCUAUCGAAUACCAGCUCACGCCGUACGAAAUGCUGAUGGACGACAUCCGCUCCAAACGUUACAAGCUGCGAAAAGUCAUGGUGAAUGGAGACAUCCCGCCAAGGUUAAAGAAGAGUGCCCAUGAGAUCAUUCUUGAAUUCAUCAGGUCGCGGCCGCCUCUCAACCCUGUCUCAGCGCGUAAACUGAAACCUCACCCGCCACGUCCCCGGAGCCUCCAUGAGCGACUGCUGGAGGACAUCAAAGCUGAAAGGAAGCUCCGGCCGGUCUCACCGGACAUGAUCCGCAGAAACCGUUUGGGUGCAGGGAAAAGCAUCAGCACUCCUCAGGACUUGUUCCGCAGCUCAGACACUCCUGAUGCACCCAGGAAGUUGGCUGUCAGCACUCAGUCUCUAGCCAGUGGCACAACGGCACCCAAUCAAGGCGGAGUACAACCACUUUCCCAAAGGAAGAGGCUGCUCAGGGCACCCACGCUGGCUGAACUGGACAGCUCUGAAUCUGAUGAGGAGCCCACACGGAGCAGCUCCAGUAUGUCCACAUCUUUGAUAGACGACACGUCACCUGAGUCUGUCGUGGGGAAGAAGGCACCCCCACAGUUCCUGCCAAUCUCUGCUACCCCACAACCAGACAAGCGUCAGUCUCCACAGCGGCGGCACUCUAUCGAGAAGGAGACCCCCACCAAUGUUCGCCCUUUUGUACCGCCAUCCAGACAGAGCUCCAAGUCAUUGGUGGAAGCAGCCAGUGGUGCUCAGGGCACGGAGGAGUUCUGCUACCCAGUGGAGUGUCUGGCUCUGACGGUGGAGGAGGUGAUGCACAUCAGGCAGGUUCUGGUCAAGGCAGAGCUGGAGAAGUUUCAGCAGUAUAAAGAGAUCUACAACGCCCUCAAGAAAGGAAAGCUUUGCUUUUCAUGUCGGACCAAGAGGUUUUCCCUCUUUACCUGGUCGUACACUUGCCAGUUCUGUAAAAGGCCUGUGUGCUCCCAGUGCUCUAAGAAGAUGCGGCUUCCAUCUAAGCCCUAUUCCACCUUACCGAUCUACUCUUUGGGUCCCAGUGCUAUGGCUAAAGAAGAGGCAAGUGAAGCUUCUGCCCCUGCUGCCCCCGUUGAGCCAGCAGGCGCAGAAAAGCAUCCAUUUGGAUCUGGACACAGCAGACACAGCCUACGCAGGAGUGUUUACAAGUUGUCCAAGCACAGCAGCGGCAGUAGUAGCAGCAAAGAUGGCCGUUCACAGGACGAGCCAGAGCUGCCCAAGGAACUGACUGAGGACUGGGUCACCAUGGAGGUUUGCGUGGACUGCAAAAAGUUCAUCACGGAGAUCAUCUCCUCCAGCAAGCGCAGCCUGUGCGUAGCCACCAAGCGUGCCCGCCUCAACCGCAAAACCCAGUCCUUCUACAUGUCGUCGUCUAACUCGGUCAACUUCAGGCCCUCAGAGCGCACCAUUAAUGAGGUGUAGAGAGUAAGACUGUCCUGUGCACUUUCUGUUCAAGCCUCCUCCAGAGCUUAUUUGUUCAAUAAAAAGAAAACUCCCUACUUAGUGCAGUUUUGACACUGACUGGUUCACUGCAAUGUAUGAAAAUGGUGUUUUCCAGUGACCGUGAGGCCAGUCCAUCUCAGCCCCAAAGUUAGGAAAGGUUUGUAUACCUUACCCCCCCCUCUCAGGAAAAGCUACGGCACGCUAUGAUUGGUCAUGACAGAGACGUGUGGUCAGGACUCUGCAUUAGCUGCCAGAUAACAAUGGAGAGCCAUGUUUCUUUAUGUGACCGUGAUAAUUCAGGGCAUGUUAGCGGUGGGUAAAGUGGAUAUAUUGAGCUGCUGAUGUCGCUAAAGUGAACCAGGUAAGAGAAUGAGAGCUGGAUCAAAGGAUACAGGAAGAAAGAAAAUGUUGUAGUGAUACUGUGUAAAUAGCAUAAAGGCCCAACCCUAAUCUUAGCUAAGUUUUCCAGUUCCUGUUUACUUCUAGCACUCAGGAUGAACAACCGAUUGUCUUUUGACAGUAAUGCACUGUAGAUCUUCCUGUCAGGUCUGCUGGGGUAGAUCUCUGCCACUCCCUGCCCCUCUCUUAUUCUUCCAGCAACAAUUAUGCCAAAUGUUCCAUUGUUCAUUUUUUUUUGUUGCCAGUUUUCAUCAAACAUAGUCUGACAAAUACAUAUUUACUACUUUUCUCAUGAUAUUGGGAUGACAAGUUGAGGGGUGAAAAUGUAUUAUUUUUCUGGGUGAGUUUUGGCUAUUUCAGUUAUAAUGUAUAUUAAAUUCUGUGCCUGGUGCCAAAAUGUAAUUUCUUUGAAUGCCUUUGUAGUUAUGGACCUAUUGUACAUAUGUGUUAUAAUCUCAACGGGGGACAUUUUAGGGUACAUCUAAGUUUUUUUUCUUGCCCUUUCAUUGUCCAAGCCGGGCAAUAGAAUCACAGAAAUGUAGGGUUAUGAAUGUGUACAUGCUGUAUAUCUAAAUUACUCCAAAUUUAAUAUAAAAUCUUUACUAAGUAGACGUAUAAUUUUACUAUGUUUUUAAGAUUUCUGCCUGUGGAGUAUCAAAACUUUAUUUGAAAUUCCUCUCUGAAACGUUUAUUAUUAGUGUUCUUAAGGUUUGUGUUAUAUGUAAUAUUAAGAUUGUAUUUCUGUUGUAUAGUUUAUAAACUCCUCAGUGUUAAGAUACUCCUAAAUCUCAAAUAGCACUUUUACUGGACCAAUUUAUUGUUUAUGUUGGGGUUUUGUCUUAAUUAAUAAUAAUAAUAAUAAUUAAAAUCUUUGUUUAUCACCUCUUGGGGGUCCAUAGUGCCAUUUCCCAGGGUUCCUCAUGAAUGAAAUUAGUAUGAAUGGCUGCAAGUUGUUUGCAAGGAAGGAAUAAUGGCUAAAAGAAAACAAAACACUCCUGAAUUGAAUGUAGGUUUUUUAAAGUAUAUAACUGUCAUUAAUUAUACAAACAUGAACAUACACACACAAACAUCUGACUGUAUGUUCAUAUAGUGUGUUUUGUGACAGUUGUUAGCAAACGAACAUAAAGCCUAACCAGCCUGUUAGAUAAUAAUGAUGCCAUGUUCCUAUAAAAAUAGUACAUCCGAGCAGAUUUAUUUUAGGCCUGUGUAAGGAAUGUGUGCAUGCUGUAUUGUGACUCGUUUUUAUCAAAGAAACUAUAAUAAAAUCAUCAUGAUUCUUA